UCCUACUCCCCCCUCACUGCUUGCUUUCGCUCAGCUUCACCAUAAAUGGGAACGGCACAGAGCCAGGCUGGGGCCGGGGGCUGGGCUGUUGCUCUGGAGCUGUCAGGGGUAAUGGAAGCCAGUUGCUUUGCGGUAGAGGGGGGCCAGGGCUCAGGGGACGCCUCUGCUUCUCUGAGCCAAGGAAAACUGCAGGAGCUGCUAUGGGACUGCAACAGCUGGGGCAGAGGACUGUCUUGCUGCCCGUGUGCACCAUGAGCCAGGGGUGCACUAGCUCAGAGCUGGCUUCCCUGGCCUGGGACCAUCGGUUUGUCCUCCAUGCUCCAGCCCAGUGACUCCUAAGCUCAGUCUCGGCCUUUAGCAGUCUGUAAUUCCCCUGGCCUCCCCCAUUUCACCCCCCAGCCUCCACCCAGUAUUUCCCAGAAGUUUCCUAUUUAGAAUCUCAAGCCCAUGUUCCCUCCACAUAAUAGUGAAACCCCAGGCGUGUACUUCCUCAUGUGUCCCUCAGAGAGUGGUCUGUUCCCAGCUCUGCUGUGGGAGAAUGAGGGUCUGGGUCUUAAAGGAUUACACACAUUAUGCUUUGUGGCUCCUGGAAAUUUGAAGCAGAUCCAAAUCCAACCAGACACUUAGAUCUACUGUUAAGACAGAACUAGACCCUGGAAAGCCGACUUUCUAGCCUGCAAAUGACAUGGGGGGAGGCCUUGGAAGUGCUUCAGAUUUCCAAGGCAGUCCUGAAACAACUGACCAGAGACUUUCAGAGCUAAAGGGGGCCUUCAAGAUCAUUUUACAAAGAAGGAAACUGAGGCCCAGAAGGUAAUUGAUUUGACCAGGAUUCUACGAAUGGUUUGAAAUCGUCACCUGAGCCGCUUUCCUCUAUUCUACUCUCCAUGUCCGACUGUGGGCUCGAUGGGUUAUCCUGGGGUCAGGGACAAGAGGAAAGGGGUUUUAGAACCAUCCAGAAAUAUCCUUCACCUCCCAGAACGUGCUGUGCCUAGGCCAGCGACUCCUUAUCAGCCUUGACGAGGUCAUUUGGCCUCCUGCCUGGAGGAGCUGAAAUUAAAAAUGGUCCCCAGGACUAAACUAGACUCAGCUAAGAACUAACAAAGCUUGAAAAAAGCUUGGGUGGAAAAAGUAUGUGGGAAGUGAGACAGGCAAAGCCUCACCCUUGGGGGAAUUGGAAGACAGCGAGAAUUUGGGGGAGGGGCAUAUGUGGAGUUUAAUCUCUGCAAUUAGUGUGACAUUUUCAAGGAGAAGACAUGAGUUUAGGAUUAGGCUAAGGAGUGAAAAAGCAACAAGAACUGGGAAAGGGGCCUGGGCCCUGAGUCCAGAGAGGUUGGCUCUUAAAGUAGUAUACCUAUGGGAAGGGGUGGAAGGAAAAGGAAAAUGCGCAUUUGAGCAGGAGUGGACGGGGUCCUCUCAGGAUUGAAAUCCCAUCUACGCUUUGCAUAAACCAAGGCCCGAUUCCUAUUAUUCUCCAUUUUUUCCCUCCCAACAUUCAGUCCUCUGACAGAGGGCAUUAGACAUGAAAUGCUCCUUACCGCAGGUGCCCCCGGUGAUCCCAGCCUCUGCACAUGAGCUCCUUGCUCAGCCGCUGGUGGCUGACCGGAAGUGUUAGUUGCCCAGUAUAGCCAAGAUUUCCCAUUGGCCCUAGACCCUUGACAAUCCCCUAUCUUGGAAAGGUUAUAAAGUAGAUCUCGUCCUAGUGCCCCUACGGACUUGGCCAUUUUUGAUCUCGGGAAUUCUCUUGCCAAUCGCUUUGGAAAUUUGUGGCUACUCGUCAAUACCACCGCCACCACCCGUGCAUUUUCUCUAAUCUUCGUCUCCAUUGUGGCCUGCUUGCCCAACACCUCAGGCCUCCCCAGUGAACCCAGAGCCACCGAUUUAUUUGAGGUAUCACAAACAUUCAUGUCAGCCCUCAGGUCUUGGCUCCUGAUUACAGGACUGAAUGAAAUGCAACCUACUGCAAUGGUAUUUUAAAGCCAACAUUUUUGGCUUGACACACUUAAAAUACAACAGAGUUUUAGUAUAUGUGCUGCCGAAGCAAGCACGAAAUACAACAGAGUUUUAAACUUAAGGGAGGCACCCAUUUAAACUUAAGGAAUGAGUGACAACCAGGCAGUGACUAGAUGGCUGGGAUGACUUUUCAGGUUGUCAGAGGCCCGCCGAAGGGAGAGAGCGGGGCAAGAACUGAGAAAGAAAACUGCAGCAGCCAGGGCAACCUGCAGUGGGUUGGUUUACUGCCAGGGCCAGGGCCAGGGCCUAGAACCGAUGCAGAGACCAGGGACAACGCUGCAACCUUCCACUGACAGCAGCUCUCAGAUCAGGAUCUCCUGGGACUGUUUCCUUCAAGUCUUCCCGUGUGCCAAUCCCCACACUCCUAUGGGGCAGCUGCAAAUUUCCGUUUCUGUGGAUUCCAGCAUUCGCUUUCACCAUCCUUUCUUUUCGCCAACAUUUCUCCCAGCCACCAAGAUCACAUACUGGGCCAGAGGACCUCAGAGGCAGGUCACACAGAGUCACAUUAAAGACUUGGUGGCAUCCUUUUUCAUGGCUUCCAACUAUUGCCCUGCACAUGGUUCCCAGAAGCAAGACCCACAUCUCUGACCGUCUCCUGGAUACUUACUGCCACCCAGCUAUGUUACUCUCAUCUGAAACUCAGUAUGUCCAGACUAAGGUCGUCUUUCUUCCAAAGCUGUUCCUCAUCUCAACUUCCCCAUCCCAGCUCCAACCCCAGAAUCUUCUGUGAUGCCUCCCUUCCUCUGGCCCCUCAUUACUCGGGCAGUCCCCAAGCAACCACAGCCUUCUCUUUCCAGGCUGCAUCACUCUGCAGUGUAGAAUGUCGAAGGCACCCCAGACAGUAGCCAACAGACCUCCGGCGGAGUCGUGGCAUUGGUUUCCCGGUGAUAACACAACGUAAGGGAGGAGGUAGAACCAGCGUCCUUGUGGCCUGAAACCCUGUCCGUUGCUCUUGCCCACCAUGUCUUCUUUCUGAAGGCGUACCGAGCUCCCACUCAAAAACUUGUAAUCCAAGCUCUUAACCAGUCCUCUGGGCCUCUCCCCGAUUUUUCCACAAUUGACUUCUCUGACUUUCUGUCCCACUUCUUCCUGACACAAAUAAGAGCCCUUACCAAGCAUUUACCAUGUGCCAGGCACUAUUCUAAAUGCUUUAUGUGUAUUAACUUAAUCCUCACAAACUUAGGAAGGAGGGUGCUGUUAUGAUUCCCAUGUUGAGGAAUGAGGAAACUGAGGCAGGCCUCUUUCCCCAGUCUGCAAUCUCUCCCCUCCCCCAUCUCUGUGCUUCACUUUUUUCCCCCAACACUGUUCAGCCUCUCUCUCUCUCUUCCAACGGCCCUCCUCUGAGCCCCCCGAGCAUCCAGCUGUCUUUCCCCUCCCCUUGCUCAGAACACAUCACCCACUCGUCUGGCCCCCGUGGCAUGCCGUCUGUCCUGCUUUGUGUUGGUUGCUUCGGUGCCUGUGUGCCGUUCCCCAGCGGUCCCAGGCGCUCCUUCCAGAGUGUCACACAGGCCUUUGCUCCCCGGGCACCUCCACGGAGCCUCCACACAGCACGCUCACCUCCCUUCUGUCUGGUACUUCUGCUUCGCUCUCACGAGCCAGCGCCGCACCACACGGGGACACCUAGGCCUGAGUACCGUGUUGAGGCCAGAUGGUGAAGGCGGGGGCCAGCUGACAGAUUCGGACUCCUCUCAAGAAGAGCUUUCGGGUCAGGCUGGUGGUUGAGCGUGACUGAGUUCCUUGCCUGCUGCAGAGGCCUCCAAGGCUUGCCUCCAGGCUGGGGAAGGACUUCCUUUGGGCUCCAUAGAUACAGAUACCACCCGGUCUGCCUCGCUCCUUCAACUCCCCCACUUACGGCCUGACCUUCACCAAGACAAGCCUGAAACCAUACUCAUUUGGUUUUUUUUGAGAAUGAGUCUUUCUCCUCUUGCCCAUGUCCUCUCCGUGCCUGACAGGAGGCUGCGCCCUCGUUUCCAGAUUCCUUUCUUCCUCUUCUAGUUUCUCCGAAUGUCCUGCCUGCCUCAGUGGAGUCCUCUUCCGUCUCCCCGCUGGCCCAGUAGCCCUCUGUCCUCACCUCCUUCUUUGUCCCAGGUCACUGACCUAGGUACGGAGAUCCUAAUCAGAGCCCUGCUCUUGGCUUGCCCGGACAGGUUACUCUCCAGCGCGGGGCCUCAUUGUUCGCAUCUGUAAAAGGAGGCAGCUGGACUAGGUAGUGAGUGAUGUCCUGCUGGAGCCCUACGAGUUCAUUCUCCCUUUUACAGUCCUCCCCUCCUCCUCUCCCCUCCUGGCUCCCCUCUCGGGUCUUCUCUCCCCGGGGAGGCUUGCCCUAGCCCCGGGGGAGCUGUGGCCCCAGCUCCCGGUCCCUGUCUAGGCAAGCAGCCCUGGGCCUCCUCCCCAGCCCUGGCCCCGGCUCCACUCCAUGUGGCCCGUCUGAGAGGCUGGCCCCAAGCCUGGCGGCAACUCCACAUUUCUCUGUUUUUCCUUUUUUUUCCCUCUCUUUCCCGGAGUUAACAAGAAGCAGAUGUGGCGCACGAUGGUUGGAGAGGUGGGGGGAGGAAGGGGGAGGCUGGACCGCCAGCCAGACAGGGGGGAAGGGAGUGAGCAAGAGAGGGAGGCGGGAGGCCAGGGCCCGCCCCACAGCCACUCUUGCGCCUCUCAACAGCCACAGGGGCAAAGCCCUGUCACCUCCAGGAUCCGGUCAUUGGGGAAAACAGAUAGGGAGACCAGAGGAGGGCCAGCUGGGGCGAGGGGGUGGAGGCCCAGGAAGCAGCAUCUGAGAGGGGCAGGGACCAGGCACAGGAGGCCAGGGGGCACAGAGAACAAACUCCCCUCAGAAGUGGAGAAUAGGAGAGCGGAAGGAACCAAGGGAGGGACGGACAGGAGCCUGAGGAGGAAAGAGGAGGGGGAGAGGGGUCAGGCCAGGCGGCCGAGAAGGAGGCGUGUGGCUGGGGGCUGCCGCAGGAAGCUGGGGACAGGCACCGGCCAGCGCUGUCCCUUGGAGCAGCGGCAUCCCCUACGGCAGACAGAGGCGCCAGCGGUCAGGCCGGGAUGUGCCUCUGAGGGCCACCGCGGAGCGCCCCCACCAUGGCCCCCGGCACCCUCUGGAGCUGCUACCUCUGCUGCUUGCUGACCACAGCCGUGGGGGCAGCUAGCUACCCUCCCCGCGGUUAUAGCCUCUACACGGGGGCCGGGGGGGCCCUCAGCCCUGGGGAACCCCAGGCCCAGAGCGGCCCCCGGCCUGCCAGCCGCCACAGGAACUGGUGUGCCUAUGUGGUGACCCGGACAGUGAGCUGUGUCCUUGAGGAUGGAGUGGAGACCUUCGUCAAGCCUGACUACCAGCCCUGUGGCUGGGGCCAGCCCCAGUGUCCCCGCAGCAUCAUGUACCGCAGCUUCCUCCGCCCUCGCUACCGAGUGGCCUACAAGACCGUAACGGAUAUGGAGUGGAGGUGCUGUCAGGGGUAUGGGGGCGAUGACUGUGCUGAGGGUCCCGCCCCGCCGCUGGGUCCUGCACCUACCACACCACGGCCCCGGCCCCGGCCCGCCCGCCCCAACCUCUCUGGCUCCAGUGCAGGAAGCCACCUGAGUGGACUAGGUGGGGAAGGUCCUGGGGACUCAGAGAAGGUGCAGCAGCUGGAGGAGCAGGUGCAGGGCCUGACAAAGGAGCUGCAGGGCCUCCGAGGUGUCCUGCAGGGACUGAGUGGGCGCCUGGCCGAAGACGUCCAGAGGGCUGUGGAGACGGCCUUUAACGGGAGGCAGCAGCCCGCAGAUGCGGCGGCCCGCCCCGGCGUGCACGAAACCCUCAGUGAGAUCCAGCAGCAGCUGCAGCUCCUGGACAACCGCGUCUCCACCCACGACCAGGAGCUGGGCCAUCUCAACAACCAUCACAGCGGCGGCGGCGGCGGGGCCCUGGACCCCACCCCGGCCCCUCCGGGCCCCAGUGAGGAGCUGCUGCGGGAGCUGGAGCGGCGGCUGCAGGAGUCCUGCUCGGUGUGCCUGGCGGGGCUCGAUGGCUUCCGCCAGCAGCAACAGGAGGACAGAGAGCGGCUGCGGGCCCUGGAGAAGCUACUGGCCUCCGUGGAAGAGCGGCAGCGGCAGGUCCCCGGGCACGCUGUGGGCCGCAGGCCCCUUCAGGAGUGCUGCCCUCCCGAGCUGGGCCGGCGGCUGGCUGAGCUGGAGCGGAGGCUGGAUGUAGUGGCCGGCUCGGUGACAGUGCUGAGCGGGCGGCGAGGCACCGAGCUGGGAGGAGCGGCGGGGCAGGGGGGCCACCCCCCAGGCUACACCAGCUUAGCGUCCCGCCUUUCUCGCCUGGAGGACCAAUUCAACUCCACUCUGGGUCCCUCAGAAGAACAGGAGGAGGGCUGGCCUGGGCGGCCUGGGGGCCUGGGCCACUGGCUGCCUGCUGCCCGGGGCCGACUAGAAAAGCUGGAGGGACUGUUGGCCAACGUGAGUGGGGUGCUGGGUGGGCGGCUGGAUCUGCUAGAAGAGCAGGUGGCAGGGGCCGUGCAGGCGUGCGGGCAGCUCUGCUCUGGGGCCCCUGGGGAGCAGGACUCCCAGGUCAGCGAGAUCCUCAGUGCCUUGGAGCGCAGGGUGCUAGACAGCGAGGGGCAGCUGCAUCUGGUGGGCUCAGGCCUGCACAAGGUGGGAGCAGCCGGGGAGGCCCAGCAGGCUGCACUGGAGGAACUGCAAGGGGUCGUGGGCCAGCUCCAGGGUCGCAUGGACGCGCAGGACGAGACAAUUGCAGAGUUUGCACUGCAGCUGAAUCUCACGGCCGCACGGCUGGGCCAACUGGAGGGACUACUGCAGGCCCGUGGGGAUGAGGGCUGUGGGGCCUGUGGCGGUGUCCAAGAGGAGCUGGGCCGCCUUCGGGAUGGUGUGGAGCGCUGCUCCUGCCCCCUGUUGCCCCCACGGGGCCCUGGGGCUGGCCCAGGUGUUGGGGGGCCAAGCCGAGGGCCUCUGGAUGGCUUCAGUGUGUUUGGGGGGAGCUCAGGCUCAGCCCUCCAGGCCCUGCAAGGAGAGCUCUCGGAGGUUAUUCUCACCUUCAGCUCUCUCAACGACUCACUGCAUGAGCUCCAGACCACUGUGGAAGGCCAGGGUGCUGAUCUGGCUGACCUAGGAGCCACCAAGGACCGCAUCAUCUCGGAAAUUAACAGGCUGCAGCAGGAGGCCACAGAGCAUGCCGCGGAGAGUGAGGAGCGCUUCCGAGGCCUCGAAGAGGGACAGGCACAGGCCGGCCAGUGCCCCAGCCUAGAGGGGCGAUUGGGCCGCCUCGAGGGAGUCUGUGAGCGGUUGGACACAGUGGCCGGGGGACUGCAGGGCCUGCGCGAGGGCCUUUCCAGACAUGUGGCGGGGCUCUGGGCUGGGCUCCGGGAAACCAACAGCACCAGCCAGACACAGGCAGCCUUGCUAGAGAAGCUGCUGGGGGGGCAGGCAGGCCUGGGCAGGCGGCUCGGUGCCCUUAACAGCUCCGUGCUGCUCCUGGAGGACCAGCUUCACCAGCUCAGUCUGAAGGACUUCACUGGGCCUGCGGGUGAGGCUGGGCCCUCAGGGCCUCCUGGGAUACAGGGACCACCAGGCCCUGCUGGACCUCCAGGACUUCCAGGCAAGGAGGGACAAAGGGGGCCCAUCGGGCCACCAGGUCCCCAGGGAGAGCAGGGAGUGGAGGGGGCACCAGCAGCCCCCGUGCCCCGGGUGGCCUUUUCAGCUGCCCUGAGUUUGCCACGGUCCGAACCAGGCACAGUGCCCUUCGACAGAGUCCUGCUCAACGAUGGGGGCUACUAUGAUCCAGAGACUGGCGUGUUCACAGCGCCCCUGGCCGGGCGCUACUUGCUGAGCGCGGUGCUGACCGGGCACCGGCACGAGAAAGUGGAGGCCGUGCUGUCCCGCUCCAACCUGGGCGUGGCCCGCAUAGACUCUGGUGGCUAUGAGCCUGAGGGCCUGGAGAAUAAGCCAGUAGCUGAGAGCCAGCCCAGCCCCGGCGCCCUGGGCGUCUUCAGCCUCAUCCUGCCUCUGCAGGCUGGAGACACGGUCUGCAUCGACCUGGUCAUGGGGCAGCUGGCGCACUCGGAGGAGCCGCUCACCAUCUUCAGCGGAGCCCUGCUCUAUGGGGACCUGGAGCUAGAUCAGGUGUAGACAGGGGGCUGGGCCCGACCAGCCCGAAGUGUCUACGCCGGCCAAAGAGCCAGCGGGGGUGACGGGGUUCCGUCCUGGCACUCCAGCCCUAGGCGAGCCGCCGUCCCGUACCCUCUGUGGCACAGGCGCCCAGAGCACUCCUCUCCAUGGCCUGAGUGCGCCGGGUCGGGGACUCUGGGGUCCCCUCGUCCAGACUUUUGGCCUGCUCGCCGUCCCCUGCAGGGCCCAGACUGCGGAGGAGCCAAUCCUCGCACCCUCGCAGCUCCUCCAGCGGGUCUCUAGGCCGAUGCAGGGCUCUCCCGAGGGGCUCCGGCCCCCAUCGCCAUACUAAACUAUUCAGGAAUAAAGACACUUGGUUUUUCUAAAAAA